AUGGUCGAAUAUAUUCCUGUUCCGGACCCGAGACAGCUACUUGCGCCGCUACUUGCUUGCCUCCCUCUCGCCUUUGCGUCCUCUCGGCCGCCGCCAGCGCUGCUUGCUUUGCUUUCUCCGGUGCUUCGACAGCGAGUGCAGCUUCUGGGAUCUGGCUCUACCUCGUCUCCGGAGACCUGGCUUCGACUGCUGUGCUGGGGACCCCGCAAUGGGGCGGAGCUGGAGAGGAUAGUCGGAGAGGGAGAGGAGUCGUUUGAGCCACAUCCGGUGUCUGGAGAGAUAGAGAUACCUGAUGAUAUCACGAUAACGUAUAAACGGUUUGAUGCUGAGACGUUGCGUUCCUGUCUACCGUUGGACGAGUUCGAGCUCACCGUGCUAUACGUAUGGUGUCCUACAGACCAAGAGGGCGGUGGUCCGGGUUGGAGAGUUGCAGAAGUCCUACCACUUGACGCUCUCAAAGACGAAGAGGACACAUGGGUUGGUUCGAUCGAGCAGGCCAACAAGGUGGUACAAGAAUUGGCGCCCAAGGAAGCUUCAAAGGCGGCAGAGCCGAGCGCAAAGGCAGUUGCUAGCCGCCAAGAGCAGGAUGAGGCAGACAAGGACGACGAGGACGACUACUGGGCACAGUAUGACAAUGUUCAAUCACGGACGCCGGCGAACGGUGCAGCCAACAUGGCACAACCCCAGAGCAACGGCCACGGCGGGGAGCAGAUGUCUGAUACGGCAUACUAUAGCCAAUACUCCAACGUUCAGCCUGCCCUCGACAACGACGACCCCACGGUCGACAAGAACGACAUUGGAGACACUUCUCUUGACGGCAGCACCUUGGACGACAUCUUCAAGCGGCAAAUGGAGAAUAUCAUCCACCAACACAAGGCGGAAUCCCAGUCGAAGCCCAGCAACGAGGAACGGGGAAGACAGCCGGCCGACUCAGACAUACCGCUCAGCCACCCACGCCCUGCCUCCGCCUCCUCCUCGAACAGGUCAGACGCGAUAUCUAAACUCGAGUAUUCCGCAGAGUGUCAGUCGGCCUCUGAAAUGGCUAUUCGACAACACAUCUCUACCAACGUCAAGAGUAUGUUCCGGCUCGCGAGGGCGUCCGGCAUAUCUAGGGCGGAGUACCAGGCGAUGAUAACGAGGGAGCUCGACGUGCUCGAAAUGAUGGAACAUGACGAUGAUUAA